AUGAUUGAAGCAUUAGAAGAAAAAUUUAAAAUACCCGCAUAUCUCAGCAUAAUGGUGAGAAGCUAUUUGGAAGACAGGGUUUUGCUGUAUAAAACCUCUGAAGGACCACGACACUUGAAGGUCACGUCCGGAGCUGCGCAGGGAUCAAUCCUCGGCCCAGACUUCUGGAACGUCGGUUACGACGGCAUAUUAAGCCUCGAUAUGCCCGACGAUACUUAUCUUGUUGGCUACGCAGAUGACAUUGCCGCGAUAAUCACUGCGAGAGACACCGAAGAUGCGCGCAGGAAGUUAAAUCAGGUGAUGAUCAGAGCACAAAUGUGGCUUGAUGCGAAAGAAUUCUGUUUGCUCUUCAUAUUGUUGCCGGCAAUAGUUUACGGUCAAAAUAACGGAGAAGAGCCGUUUGCAAUUUAUGUAGAUGUUGGAAAUGAAGUUCAAAAUGUUAUUAGUUUGGUCAACAAACACGAAACAAAAUUAAACGAUUUCGAUAAGAAAUUACUAAGAAUCCAAAAUAUGCAGGAAAAAUUCGAGGAACGUUUUUUACAGUUGGAGCAAAAUGUAAAGACAGCUGAGAAUGUGAAUCAAAAAUUACAGGCUUUUAAUACAAAGUUUGAACAAAGACUCUCAUCAGUUUACAAUAAUGUGACGUCUUCCAUGCUCGUACAAGAGAGCUGGCAACACAGAAGAAAUCAUUACCAUCAUCAACAUCGUUAUAGUCGUAGCUAAUGAAAAGUGAUUGACACUGCACUGAAUGUUACAAAAAGAGAGAAGGAGAAUAUUGGUACUACAAUAUAAAGAUAAAAAAUAUAUGUUGAAAUUCUAGUUAAUUAAUAAUAAUAAUAAAUAUGGAUCUUUAUGUUUCGCAGAAUUUUUAACGCUAAGUGAAUUUCUUGAUAAAAUCAGUGCAUUUAGUGAGAUCAUCGUUGGGUUGUUGAUCACCGGCGGUGGUCUUCUCAUGAAGGGUCCUUAAAUUUGUAAGUUUUUGGUUUUUCAAUCAUGGUGUAUAAUCACCUUCUCCUCCGCUUUCUUUUGAUACUUGCUUUCAUUAAAAUCUUGACAUAUCAUCCUAAUUUUUACUCAAUCAGGUAUCUUAAUAUGCGGUUUGUCGUUAAAACAGCACCAGGUAAUCCAAUGUUCUGACACCUCUGCGUCGACAGGUAAUCAAAAGAGGUCAAUAGCGCUUCCUAUGUGAACAAAUGAACGGUUAUAAAUAUUACUUCAUUAGCAUCAGCUAGUUGAUAUAUAUUUAUAUCUAGUAGUAGUACUCGGCACUCUUUAAAUAUAUGUACUUAUGUGAUCAAACUUUUUUAUUCAGGCAGGUUCUUUAAUUCAUUUCCGAGUGAAUUUCAAGCAAAUUCACUUUCAAUCUAACACUUGGUGUUCUAUCUUUCACUUUCACUAUUAAAUUUCCAAAUUGUUUUUCAAAAUGAAUUUCGAGUGGACAUGUAAAUUAAACUUAAACCGAGAGGUUCAAUUUUCGACCACUUUUUGCAGCGAUUGGGACCGUAUGUCAUCUUCCAAGACGUCAAUCGUAAGCGACUUCAGAUAACCCCAUAAAAAAUAGUCCAGCGGUGUUAAUUGACACGAUCUUGGAGGUCACACGCCAGGUUCACAAUGCGAGAUAAUGCGUUUCCUUUAAUAAAUUUGUUGUUUCGUUGGCUGUAUGGCACGUAGCGCUGUCUUGUUUAAACCAAAGGGCCGCAAUAUCAACAUCCUCCGAUUCAGGCACGAAAAAGUUACAGAACUUACUUAACUUUUUGGACAAGGUGUGAUGAGGAUACGGAAUCUCAAUAAUAUCUUGUGGAUUAUUAUCACUCCAAAAGCGACAAUUUCGUUUAUUAACGCAUUUCAACCAAAAGUGAGCUUCAUCGCUUAACCGAACUUGCGACGAGUUUGGCUUUAAUCCUUGCACGAGUUGGAUUUUGUAACAUAAGUCCGCAAACCAAGAUUAUUCCGCAAAAUCUUCGAUAAAGUGGAUAGGCAGAGCUUCAAUUGUUGCGCGGGAUUGCGGAUGGGCUCAUGCUCUAUUUUUCUCAGCUCUACAGCAGCAACAGCAUCUUUGUUGGGCAGAGUACUGCCUUCAAAAUAUGCCUUCUCAAGUCUAAAAUUUAUCAAAAUCGGGCCAUAACUUUUCAACCCCCAUAUACCGAAAAUGGGGACCCAGUAUCCAUGAUUGUCCUAAAUUAUCAUUCAAUGUAUGAUAUACAUAAUUGGAAUUUGGAGCAAACCGCGGGUGAAUACUUCUCUUAGCCCUCAUGUACCUAAUAGAAUGCUUUUCGAACUUUCGGCUGACGUAUAAAGUCAGCAUUAUCUUAAUAUGUGUAUUGUAUUUUUGUGCCUAAAAUGGUGAAGACUUGCCCCAACAUAUAUCAUCAUAUAACUAAUAUCAGGAUUUUCAAACAUCCGGUUGACUUUAAUACUUAUAUAUUAUCUUUUUGAUGGUAUGUGAGAUCGCUUAAAGAAACAGAGAGAACGUCUUUUCUGUAAAUAAUAUGUGGUAAUGCCGAAAAUAGAUUAAAUCGGGACAAUCACUUAUGGCUUUAUAUAUACGGCGAUGGUCCAUAAAUAUGAUAUCUUAGCAAAAUUAAUAUAUAAUAUUGGAAAUACCAUAGUUUAGUGACGAAAAUAUGUCAAAUAAACGAAUUACCCAAACUCUCAUAUACUACAUAAAUGGUUUUCGUUAUUUAUUAAAUUUCGAAUUUGAAUUUCGAAUUAAUGAUAUAUUGAUCUUUGUCAGUUGCAAGGGUAUAAAAUGUUCGGUUACACCCAAACUUAGCCCUUCCUUACAUGUUAUUAUUGUUUUGUUGUAUUUAUUUUUUUGAAUAUUUUUAAAGCUUUCAUUAAUUUAUAUGAUGCAAUAACAACGAGAACAAUAAUGAACAAAUUUCUCUUUUUUCAGAACACCAAAACCAAAUUCAUUCGUUUUUGUAUUUAUUUUAAAUUCCAGUUUCACUCGGAUUCCAGAAUCUGCCUUACAUGUUUUACAUAUUUUUUUGGGAAAAUUGCGAAACUUUUUAUGUGUAAAGCUCUUUCAGUCAGUCAAAAUUUUAGUAAGGCGAAAAAAAUUAAAAUUACUUGAAAAUCUUUGUGAAAAUUUGAAAAUAACGGUAACUUGAUUAAAAUUUUACUGUUCUCGAUUUGGCAAUGUCGAAAAAUAAGAACUGUAUGUCCAAGAAGCGCCUUGAUAAAAAAAAAUUAAUUCCUAGUGCAAAAUUUAUGUCGAAGUCCAAAAUAUUAUUAGUUGCUCACCCACAAUAGUACGUAAUACUAUCAGGUACCAACCAAGUAAUAAAAUACGGCAUGGAAGCCAGCAUUGUCAGUAAGAGAAGUCAAUUCCAUUGUCCGGUACUCUAAGCAGUUUUCAUUUGCCGCUGCUACAACAUAAAGGCUGUCUUUAAUGUACCUGCAAGUAUUGUAACAUUACGCUGGCGUUUGCACGAUCACGACCUGGGAGUCCAAGAAAAGUGCCGUGGACAUGCUAGGUAGACUUACCGAAUACCAGCCGAAAUACAUAACAAAAACGGUAAAACAUGGAGAAGAAGGGCGUGAGGUCGUGCUUUUCUUGGCAAGGUGUGGGACCAAUUUAUUGGAUUAAGGAGAACACGACAAGUGACUAUGACUAUGUCGAAAUACUACAGAACACCAUGCUUCCAUAUGCCAGUGAUGAAACACAGCUUGUUUGGACGUUCCAGUAGGACAACAAUCGCAAACACACAAGUAAAUUUGGUAAAGCUUGUGGGCUGAUUUCAAGGGGUCCGUAGCCCCAUGUAAGCCGACAUCGACCAUGCUACUAUUAAUAUGUAUAGUGUGAGUGGUAAAACAUAUUCGGAGCUUGGACGAAGCUCGGGCUCGCAUCGUAGUCAAAGAUUUGUUUUUUUCGCAUAUUUAAUUUUUUUUAUGAAUAUUGAUGCUUCUCUGAUUUUUGUCAAGCUGCCUGCGCUGUUGCCACGAUUCAUAAGAUGUUUCGCUUUAAAAAUUACAGUAAUUCUCAAAAAUAUAAUCUAAAUAUUAAAGAGGUACUUACACUUAGUACAGUUGUUCGCAGCAGUUCAAAAAACAGAGAGAUCUAAUGUGAGUCGCGUUGUGGAGAAUUAAUUUUUCUUCGCUCUUAUGUAAGAGGAUGAAUAGAAUAUAUGAAUAUAAUUAGUACAUAACUUGUGACGGUAGAAUUUAAUUAAUAUACUCGAAACGAUAAGGUGUUUCCCAUGGUUUGAUGAUGAGAUAACGCUAAAGGCUUGCGUCUUUUUGCGAGAAGAUGAACACAGCGAACCAAAAGAUGAACUCUUAAAAGAAGGAGUGAAAUAAAACAAUAGCUUACAAAGUGUUUUUUUAUAGAAAGAUAACAGGAAAUAUAUUCAUAUUCUGAUUAAACCGUUAUACGUAUUAAAAAUUCUACUUACAGUACGCAGUCGGGUUUUGGAAAACAAUGCGAAAUGCAGAAUCCACGCAAAUACACGGUCCUCGGCUGCUUCCUCAUCAUUUUGAUGCCGGCAAUAGUUUACGGUAAAAGUAAUGAAGAAAAGCCGUUCGCAAUAUAUUUAGAUGUUGAAAAUGAAAUUCAAAAUGUUAUUAGUUUGGUCAAUAAACACGGACCAAAAUUAAACGAUUUCGAUAAUAAAUUACUAAGAAUCCAAAAUAAGCAGUAAAAAUUCGAGGAACGUUUUUUACAGUUGGAGCAAAAUGUAAAGACAGCUGAGAAUGUGAAUCAAAAUUUGCAUAGAAAGUUGAACUGUACAACAACAUCCCCACAUAGGGUACUGCCACCUGUCAUAAGCGACUGUGCAAAAGCAAAAUACUACCUCGGUGAAGAAUAUAGAGACGGCAUAUACGAACUACACCUCCCGGGAUUCCAAUCAAUGAAUGCAACUUGUGUGACAAAAUGCUAACCGAGCAACUCAACAAGAUGCUCUACGUGGACCGUGGUGGUACGCAAUCAUGAGAGCGCGAAAGGCACCUUUCAAAGAAGCUACAAUGACUUUAAAGUUGGCUUUGGAAAUGCGAGUACCGACUAUUUCAUCGGUUUGGAUCGACUCUAUGAGCUGACAAGGCGUGCAAAGCAAUCUCUGCUCAUCGUCGACCUAACAACUCAUACAGAAAUCUUCUUAGAUGAAUUCCACAUUAAGGAUGCGAAAUCAAAUUACAAGAUUUACGGUACACAAGGACAUGCAAUCUACAUCGGGGCUGCAGGUAACUAUUAUAUUGAGGACGAUUUUAAUUUUUCUGUCGAUGACGAGUGUGCGCUGAAAAAUAAUCGUGGCUGGUGGUACCCGACAAGCUUUUGCAGAUUGUAUACAUUUACACCAAAUCUAUCGAACGACUUUUUCAUUGCGUUGGAACCGCAAAUAUGUAGUAGCGAAGAUGUAUGGAUGAUUUCUUCUACCCUUAAAAACAAAUAUGGAUUUUUAUCAUUUCGCAACGUUUUAUUUUUCAAUGUCGAUUUUAUGUAUUUUCCCCAGCUAAAUCUUCCGUUACUUUAGUGAUCCGAAGAAGCUGGACUUUGGCUUUUAUAUGAAACGUUAGUAAAACCAACAAAUUGUGUGGCGCAACAAAUUCCGCCACACUUACAGUACCAUAUUAAAUAUUAAAGCCUGUACCAAGAGUUGAACUGAGAUGCUUUUUUUGAUUGGUGUAUAUUCAGAAGAUUAAAAAUGUUGUAACGUUGCCACCUGUUUGAAAAUA